AUGUCUGUUCGUACUUCUGCGAGAUCUAACAAGGGUCAGAAUAAAUAUAUCGAAUCUCUGUUACAGGAAGAAAGCGAAACACCUAAGAAGAAACAAACUAAGAAGAGAACAGAUCCGGCUACUAAGGAGAAUGAGCAGACUGACGCUUCACAGAGCUCAACCAAAGAUAAUGAGAAAAACGGAUCAGAUGAAGCAGACGAAGGUUAUGUUAGAUGCGUGUGUGGGGCAAGCGAUGAGAACUAUGACGCACCUGAAUACUCGCAUGGAGACAUGGUUCAGUGUGAUGGCUGCGAUUCUUGGCAACACAUCAAGUGUAUGACCGGUGGUAAGGAAACCAUCGAUGGGCUAAUGAAUGAAGAUUCCAAAUACUAUUGUGAAUUAUGUGACCCAUCGCUGUAUGCGCAUUUGGAGAAGUCUAAAGAGGCUGAGGUUUCAGAAGAGGAUGAUUACGAUGACGAUAUUUAUAAACCUGUCAUUGACCAUAAUGACAACGAUACAGAUUUCUUUUUAGAAGAGGAAAGUCCCAGAAAACGUAAAAGAAGUACUUCUAGUAGUUCAAUAAAAAUGCCUUCCCAAACCAGGGAGGUUAAGAAAAACAAUGGGCCAAAAAAAAAGAAGAAAAGUGCUGGUACUAUUACAGCCAAUACUGACCAAGACAAAACACCUGUUAAGAGAGACUUCGAAUCUGAGAAAGAACACAAAUUAAGGUUAAACGCAAGGAAUAUGUUUUCUGUCUUGUUCAGUAAAUUCAUUAUCCCAGAAACAGUAGAGGCGAAGCUUUAUGAUCUUCCUCACGGGAAAGACAUAACAUCGGUUUCAAAUGGUUUUGCACAAAACUUGGAGGAUGAACUUUAUAAGGCGUGCCUUAACGUUGAAUUUGGCACCUUAGACAAGAUAUACACUGAAAAAGUGAGAUCUUUGUACUCCAACUUGAAGGACAAGAAGAAUUUAAAACUAAAGGCACACGUAAUCGAGGGCAAAUUGCCGUUGAAUAAACUAGUGAAUAUGAAUGCGUCUGAACUAGCAAAUCCUGAUUUACAAGAGUUCAAGGAGAAAAGGGAGAAAGCCACUUCAGAAAAUUUUAUCGUAGAAAUACCGGACAAACCCAUAUAUGUCAAGACUCACAAGGGCGAUGAGCUAAUCGAGAAUUCCACCGAGCCCCAAGAGGAUGUAUUAUACUCGAUGGAUAGCAUAAGGUUACAUAAUGGAGCUGAUAAUAGUAGUGACAAUAAAGCUGAAAUGGAUCAGACACUAGACAUACUGAAAGCACCUGCUCAAGAACACAGGAGUUUGGAUCCCAACCAAAAUGCAACAGCACAGGGAGAGUCCUUAAAGUGCGCGUUUCUAUAUCCGGGGUUAGGAUUUGAAUUUACAGGUUAUUUGAGUUAUAUCGGAACUUCAAAAAGGUUGAAGAGGGAUAUAUCUAAAGAGGCUAUCGGUGAUGGGAACCUGUUUGUAGAGGGACGCUUACCUACAACAACCGCUGCACCUUAUCUGAAAGAAGUCUCUUCUUCUAGAGCGAUUUUAAUUUACCAACUGUUUGCUUCUGAUGAUGAAGAAAGUCAGAAAACUUUUGCCGAAGUUGUAGACUCCUUGGAAACCAAAGGUCGCAUUGCCGGUAUAAAGCCAAAGAGCAGAUACGAGAAAGAUUUUUAUAUUAUUCCAUCAAGGAAUGGUGAAGUUCCUGAAAUUUUGGACAACAUUUUAGGCAAUCCCAACGGUGAAAGAUCUUUGUCUGUGAAAGCUGAUGAAAGAACACUGUUCGCAUUUGUAGUAAUAAAGCAGGAACUUAUUCAUUAA